UUCACCCGCCCAGAGAUGCUGGAGGCCAUCCUUGCCCAGGGAGCCAUCACGGGCAUCACCGGCGGAUACGCGCCACCCUGGUGCCGCCCCAACGGCGGCGUGCCGCCGUCAAGGUGUGUGGCGCUGCUUCUGCUGCGCGGCAGCGGCGACUGGCGGGCGGGCCGCGCCGACGACCUUGCGGGACGGCGGGACUGGGGUUGA